AUGCAAGAACAAACUAGUCAAAAUAUUGUGGAUCAUAAUUAUUUAGAGACUAAUGAAAGCAAUGAAAAAGUUCUUUUAACAAACAAAGAAAACAAUGUGAAAAUAUAUUCAAAGAGAGGUAGAAAAUCAACAGUUCCACCGGAAAUUAGAGAACAAACAAGACGUAUAAAAAAACAAAAUAUUGAACGAAGUCGUCGCGCUUGUAUUGCCACUAAAAUGACUGAAUUACAUAGACUUGCAAUGAGCUUAAUUGGAUUAGAUGUAUCUGAUCAACGAAAAACUGAAAAAGUGGACAUUUUAGGCAUAUGUUAUGAAGUCUUUGAAAAUGUUUCAAUUCUUCUGAAUGAAAGACCAGAAUUAAAAGAAAAACUUAAACAAAUGUGUCAUGCAAUUGGAAAUAAAUCAUUUAUUAAACGUCAGGAAUUGAUUGAUAAUCAUAAUAAUGAUUGUAUUACCAGUAAGUUAGAUCACUUAGAUACCUAUUCAAAUAAAAGUCAAUUAUCAAUUAUAUGUGAAAAAGAAAAUUAUGAUCCUUCAAGUGAAAAUUUUUUAAUCCCAUCUGAAUUAAGCGCAUUUACACCAAUUCAAAAGAUACAACAUCCUAAUAAAAAUCAUUUAGAAUAUCAUUCUACACCGAUUCAAUUACUUUUGCCUACAACAGAUAGUGGAUAUUUUGAAUUGUAUUCAUCUUCAUCUACAAUAGAUGAUAUGAAUGCUAUUAAUCUACAAACAAUAAAUAAAUAUGAUAUAUCUUAUGAAUGUCAAUCUCAAGAUAAUUAUGUUUAUUCACCACAAACAUUUCCUUAUUCUAAUUCUAUAAUUACAUCAUUGAAAUCAAAAGAGAAUAUUUCAUUAACUAAUCAAAUCUCAGUUAAUACUUCAAAUAAUAGUAAGGAUGUAUGGAGACCUUAUUUGGACUGA